AUGCACUCAGGCGUGGAGUUAAAGCGAGCCAUCUCUGCCAGCAUGGAGCCAGAGAAACCAAUGAGACGCUACGGGGCAGUGGAGGAGACUGAGUGGAAAGCUGAGGGGCUGGGGAGAAAUCAACUUGACAUCAUCUCAAUGGCUGAAACAACAAUGAUGCCUGAGGAAAUCGAAUUGGAGAUGGCAAAGAUCCAGAGGCUUCGGGAAGUCUUAGUCAGAAGAGAAUCAGAGCUCAGGUUUAUGAUGGAUGACAUGCAGCUGUGCAAGGACAUCAUGAACCUUAAACAGGAGCUGCAGAAUUUAGUAGCAAUUCCAGAAAAAGAAAAAACAAAAAUGCAGAAACAAAGAGAGGAUGAAUUGAUUCAGAAGAUCCAUAAACUGGUGCAAAAAAGAGAUUUUCUUGUAGAUGAUGCAGAGGUGGAGAGAUUAAGAGAGCAAGAGGAAGACAAGGAGAUGGCUGAAUUCCUGCGGAUCAAAUUAAAACCCUUAGACAAAGUAACACGAUCUCCUGCCAGUACCCCAGCAGAAAAGAAGGCAGAACCUCCUCCAAGCAAGCCCACCGUCGCCAAAGCAGGAAUAGCUAUUAUUAAAGAUUGUUGUGGGGCCACGCAAUGCAACAUCAUGUAGCUCCAGUCUCUCUACCAAUUCUGUCUUUUUUUCAAAUGUUUUCAUUGGAUAAAACAGUAGGGUGAAAGGAUUUUAAAGCAUCCUGAUAGUUGAAUCAAGAAAUACUGUAAACAUUACAGUAAUGUACUGAAUGUACCAAUGGUGAAUCCUUCACUGUUGCAUGGAUCACUCAAUGCGCAUGCUUAAAAUAAAGGAAUAUAUAUAUAGCAGCUGUCCAAUGACCAGAACAGAUAGGUAAAAAUAGCUGAAAAGACAAAUACA